CUCGUACGUUGCUCGUCGUCUUUCGUUUGCCUUGAACGUUACAAUUGUUUCCUCUUUCUUCAUUCCUUUUUUAGCAUCACCCUCAGAUUGGACGUUCAUACCCGAGACCUGUUUUCCCUCUCCUCUCUCUCUCUCUCUUUCUCUCUGAAAAACCAUUAAAGAACUGGAGCAGAAGGUUCUUGAACAUCAGAUACCACAUGUCACUGCUGGCUUGAAUAACCGAGUUUAUUUCUGAUCGAUUUCCUGCUGUUGAGUUUGCCGGAGAAAUGAGUUUCAAAGCAUUUGAGAGUAGUAGUUCCGGUGCUUUCCGGUUUCCCCCGCCGCCGGACCUCCGGUUUCCUCCUCUCGGAGCGGCGUUGGGUUUAGAAGAACCGGAGAAGAGAAGCGCCGACCAAACGCACAGGCUUUGCGCCAGGGGGCAUUGGAGACCUCACGAAGAUGGCAGGCUGCGAGAGCUCGUUGCUAAGCACGGCCCGCAGAACUGGAACCUGAUUGCUGAAAAGAUUCCUGGGAGAUCAGGGAAGAGCUGCAGAUUGAGGUGGUUCAACCAGCUGGACCCGAGGAUAAACACGAAACCGUUCACGGAGGAGGAAGAGGAGAGGCUACGGGCGGCGCACCGCAUGUACGGCAACAAAUGGGCUAUCAUCGCCCGCCUCUUCCCUGGCCGGACGGAUAACGCCGUCAAGAACCACUGGCAUGUCAUCAUGGCCCGCCUCCACAGACACCAAACCACUGGCGGCGCCAGGCGGAGACAGCCCAGAAACCACAACAACAAUAAUACCAUGGAUUCUAACAACCUUAACGAUGAAUCCGCCGCCUCUACUUGCACAGAUCUUUCCCUCUCUACUUCAUCUUCUUCGGCGUUAUAUAUGGCAGGUUCAUCCUUGAAGGGCGUGAAAGCAGCAGAGGCAAGUGGCCGGCGGCCUGAGUCCUCGCCUGACUCAGUAGCGAACAACAACACCACUGGCAGUGAAGCAGAGAUGUGUGGACAAAACCAGACUGCAAUUUAUGACAACAACAAAAUGCUCUUCUUCGAUUUCCUAGGAGUCGGAGCCAACUGAGAAAACCAAAACCCAGGGAAAAACGAAACCUGGACUGGGGUUUGGUUAAUUGGUUGGAAGAAGAAGAUGACUAUGAUGAUGAUGAUAGUUAAGGUAAAAAUGGGUUGGAUGCUCUGAAUCUAUCUAUCUUAGUUGUUCAAUCCGAAUAACAUUUGUAUAUGUCACUAUAGAGAUGAAAAAUGAGGCAUCAACAACCCAAUCCAACCCCCCAUUCAUUUCAA